AUGCAAACAGGUGCCAUCAUCCAGCAUGGUGGAUUUCAGGAACUGCAAAAUCUCACCGUUCUUCCAAGGAUCAAAAUUCUUCAGAAAGGCAGUAAGGUGAGGCCAAGUCUACCUAGUAUUCGCCAACUGCUCAGAGAUAUUAAUUCGCGUGGCAGCGAAAAUAACUUUUCUGGCACUGGCACUGGCACUGGCAUUAACGGGGUUCACAACGCUCCUGGACAGGCCCAUGUAUAUUCUUCGGUCAGUCCUGAGGUCAAGGAACCAACCAAGAACUAUACAAGACUUUCUCAAAACAGUGACAACGAGAUCUCCCCUGCGCCCUCUUCUGAGGCGCCACGAUCUCAUGCUGAUAAUCACCAAACUAACAAAAGCUGUCAAGGCGACAACAUGCAAUUCGUGAGACUGCAGCCGUAUAGGACUGCACCACAACCACCAACAGCUCUAGGUCACAUCAAAAAACCGAGUGGUGAGCUCUUGAAACUCGCGUAUGCUGUCGAAGCGUCUUCUUUUGCAGGGCGUGGCACACUGACUGGCAAUCACCCCACCGACAGUAUUAUACAGCUCAAUGGGGAUUAUCAACUCAAAGUUGCAGACACCCUAGACAGUUUACAGGUCCUUUAUCGAAACUUGCAAGAGUGGCCACUAUCAAUGCAUAGUCAGGACGUCGGAAAUCACGAUGACAUGGCCCUUUUGAUUGAUUAUGUCUCACCUGAUAGCCUAGAAUUGACAAUUAGAAUGGCUAAGCGAGCGUACGACGCCCUCAAGACAAUCGAGCACUGGAAAAUAAAAUACAAGAGACUACACCCCGGUAUCUCUCGGCAUCAAAGCGACAAAGCGGUAAGAAAAAAAACCUCACCGCGAACACCAAGUAGUGUGAAGAGUAUAAGCAAAAAAAAUCGCCAUCAUCAAAUUGAGUUUUUGACUCAAAGGUCAAGAGAUUUAUGCGAGAAAAAACACUUUGACAGCUUGAAGCAGGUGUCGAAGAAACCAUCAAUGGGUGGUCGAGGAUCCCUGUCGACCCCCUCGACGCAAUUAGAAGAUGCAUCGACUAAAGCGGGACUGCAAUGUGCACAUUGUUUAUCAACCAAAACACCAGAAUGGAGAAAAGGGCCAUAUGGUAGAAGAAGCCUUUGCAAUGCUUGCGGACUCUUUUAUAAAAAACUCUUCAGAAAAUUUGGUGAUAGUCAAGCGAGCAUGAUCAUGAAGUACAGAAAAAGGAUUUCGAGCAAAGACCGUAAAGUUCCUAGGGUCUUCGACGUUCCAGAAGUCGAGUGA